GCCCUCCACUGGCAUCCAAAGCCAUCUUUGUAUUGUUCCUGUCCCGGGUGUCAGGCUGGGUCAUCGUCGCGGGGCUUCGCUCUUCCUCCUCGCCGUCGCUGCCGCCGCCGCCUCCUCCUCCGCCUCCCCCCCGCCGCGUCUCCCCCCCCUGCCGCGUACGCGCCCUCGGACCUGUCUCUGCCGGGGCUCCCUUUUGUAGUGAGCUUUCCUCCGCCGCCACACGACUCCCCCGCCAGCCAUGUCAGACACAGCCGUGGAUACCAGCUCCGAGAUUUCCACCAAGGACUUGAAAGAGAAGAAGGAAGUUGUGGAAGAGACAGAAAAUGGCAGGGAUGCACCAGCCAAUGGCAAUGCUGAGAACGAGGAAAAUGGGGAGCAGGAAGCGGACAACGAGGUAGAUGAAGAAGAAGAAGAAGUUGGCGAUGACGAGGAGGAUGAGGAAGAAGGUGACGGUGAAGAAGAAGAUGGUGAUGAAGAUGAUGAAGCUGAGGGUCCCACCGGCAAACGGGCAGCUGAGGAUGAUGAGGACGAUGACGUCGAUCCGAAGAAGCAGAAAACUGAUGAAGACGACUAGGAAGUAGAAUAAUAAAGAAAAAACACAUUUUUUUUUAAACUUAAAAAGAGGAAAAAAAUUUUUAAAAGGCCAGCGUGACUUACUUCACCUUUGAAACUUCCUGUUACAAAAUAUGUCCCCUUGUUGCUAAUGGUCACCGUCAUAAAGUAGAGCAAAAGAAAGCCCUGUAAAAGCCGGCAUAGAGCUGCCACUUUUCCAACUUGAAAAAAAUAGAAGUGAAAUCUUCCCUUCCCCAUCGCAGGGAGGGGAAAGUUGGGUGAUCAAGUCUCUGUCCCUCCCCUCUUCCCUCCCCGCUGAAAACUUCAAGGCCCAGCUUGCUUUCUUAAAAGUAACUUUAAAGGAGAAUUUGUUUGUAUUUUUUAUUUACAUUUUAUAUUUUUGUACAUAUUGUGAUGAGGUCAGCCAUUUUUAACGCGAUCUCCGAUUGACCAAAAGGGGGGCUUUUGAAGUGCGUUUUUUUCCUCUGUUCCUAAAAACAAAACAAAACAACAACAAAAAAAUUCUUGACUUUACUUGUGGUGUGACCAUGUCCAAACCAUUAUCUCAAAGGAGGAGGAGAAGAAAAGACCUUGUAAAAAAAAAUCAAAAAUGCAAAAAAAGUCCAACCUUUAUUACGAGCAUUCCAGUAACACUUUUUUUGUGUAUGUACUUUAGCUGUACCAUAAGUAGUGGGUUUGUAUGAGAUGGCAAGGCCAAAGAUUAAAAAGGGUUUUUUUUCUUUUUUCCUUUUUGUUCGUUCUUUUGUCUAAGGAGUUGCUGUUAAUUUUUUUUUUUUUUUGGCCUGUUUGAUGUAUGUGUGAAAACAAUAUUGUCCAACAAUAAAGCGGAAUUUUAUUUUGCUGAGUUGUUCUAACGAA